UAGCUUGACUUUUCUUCCCCCCCUAAAUAUUUACAUAAUCAACGACCAACUAAAUUCAGCACAAGCCCUAAAACCCUAAUACUCAGAAUCUCAUUUCGCCGUCCAUUUUCCGGCGCACCUUCCGAUUACCGGCUAAUUCCGAGUUAACGCCGACGUUUUUAAUCUAUUCUCUCUCCUUCCCUCUUAUCCUAAGCUCCCUUCAAUGGCGUCGGCUCUUGGAUAUUGUUCUCUCAAGGCUAUCCAUCAAGGAGGGAUACCGAAAUGGAGGUCACCUAGAGCUGCUGUAAUUCCCGAUUCUCAUCUCCCGAUGCGUAGUUAUGAAGUUAAAAACAGGACAAAUGUUGACGACAUAAAGGCACUUAGACUGAUAACUGCCGUCAAAACCCCUUACUUGCCAGAUGGCAGAUUCGAUCUAGUGGCCUACGAUGCCUUAGUGAACAUGCAGAUCGAAGACGGAGUCGAGGGCGUAAUUGUUGGCGGCACAACCGGCGAAGGCCAGCUAAUGAGCUGGGACGAACACAUAAUGCUCAUCGGCCACACAGUCAACUGCUUCGGUGGGUCCAUCAAAGUCAUCGGAAACACCGGAAGCAACUCAACUCGCGAGGCAAUCCACGCAACCGAACAGGGGUUUGCCGUAGGAAUGCACGCAGCACUUCACAUCAAUCCUUACUACGGCAAGACCUCCUUGGAGGGUUUGAUUUCCCACUUUGAAAACGUGCUUCCCAUGGGCCCCACGAUCAUAUACAACGUGCCCUCUCGAACGGGCCAGGAUAUUCCGCCAGCUGUCAUUUUGAACGCGUCCAAGAGCCCUAAUUUUGCUGGGGUGAAGGAGUGCGUUGGACACGAUAGGGUGGAGGGGUAUACGAGUAAAGGAGUGGUUGUGUGGAGUGGGAAUGACGAUGAGUGCCAUGAUUCGAGGUGGGAUUAUGGGGGUAAAGGAGUAAUUUCGGUUACGAGCAAUUUGGUACCGAGUUUGAUGAGGGAGCUUAUGUUUGGAGGGAAGAAUCCGUCACUGAAUGCGAAGCUUUUACCUCUAAUGAAGUGGCUGUUUCACGAGCCGAACCCUAUUGGUUUGAAUACGGCACUCGCUCAGCUUGGUGUUGUGAGGCCGAUUUUCCGUCUGCCUUACGUACCGCUUCCUUUGGAGAAGAGAAUCGAGUUUGUGAAUAUAGUGAAUGAGAUUGGAAGGGAGAAUUUUGUAGGGGAGACGGAUGUUCAGGUCUUGGAUGACGAUGACUUCAUUUUGAUUGGUCGGUAUUAACUCCUCGUUUCAUGUCCGAGAAUUAGAGUUUAGUCUGAGUUUUUUUUUUUUUUUGUUCUAUUCGCUUCUUGAAAAAAUAAUCGACAUUUUUUGUGUUGCCAUUUUCUUUAGGGAUGUCAAGCUCGAUAUCCCCGUACGAGUUACGUAAUUUUUCCUGUCUAUUUUCAUGUUUGUUACUUGUGAAUUAAUGAUCUCUCUUCUGUGUAUUUCAGAGUAAAACUCAGAUGUCCAUAGUGUUGUGGACUUAUGUUAUCUACAUUACUGUCUAUAUGAAGGUCAAACUUUUUUGUUUUU